UUUCACACAAGGUUAUUUGAAAACUCAAUUUUGAUCUAUGGUCAAGGCUUUCGCUUUAUUUAUAUCAUUGACCAUGAUCAAUAUUACCCAAUUACGACAAUAUUUCUUGUCUCUUGCGUUAUUGCAGUUUUUACAUGUUUGUGCGAUUCCGUCCGGGUUAAACCGAAAUUUAUCAAAUCUGAACUCGACAGGUCACAUCGAUUCCCUGAUUGUCAAUGGCGAGAGAAGCGUAGACCGCACUUGUGGCUUGGGUUCUACUUCUACAGGUGUGCACGAGUAUCCGGAGGUGCUGAUGGAGACGUACUUCAGAGAAGCGAAGUUCCUGACCUCUGGGUUGCUCAGUUUCGACUGGUGCAGGGAAGACAACGUGUGUGGCACUCCAAUCGUUCAAGGUUCAAAUAUCUGUGCGAUGGACGAAGGGGGUCCCCUAUUCCUCACCUACUGUGAUUCCAGUGUUCCCACCUGUCUAUAUGGCAUCGGCAGUUUCUUCACCAAUCGGGAUGGAUCUGAGUUUUUUAGAUGCAACGGACAUAGUGUGUUUACAAACAUACCCAAGAUGAAAAGCUGGAUCGAACAGACUACUGAAGUUUUCUCUUGAAUAUUUUGUGGUUAUAGUGGGUUAAUAACAGUUUUUCUUGAAGUU